UUUGUUGAGCAAUAUGUUGAAUUCUCCUCCCACUUGUAUUGUUCGCCGGGCAGCGGAAUUGGAAGCUCUUGUCUGAUUGGUCCACAGUAGCAGAGGUGGGAGCUCCUCUCUGAUUGGUUCCUAACAUGAACAGAGGAGCUCCUCUGUGAUUGGUCCAUUUCCAAUAAUCCGCCAUAUUCAAACUUCCGCCGUUUUGUCUGUGUGUCUUCGCUCCCAUUUUGUUGGACUUCUUCGUUUUCUUGCGACCGGCCUUUGUUUUCCGACCGCCUCACACUUACAUUUUCAAAAACGGAAUGGACGAAAGCGACGCUGUGAACGCACCGGCGACGUCGGGGAAAAAGCAGAAGCUCGCUCGGAAGUCUUCGAGGUCGUCGGCGGCGGCGUCGUCGUCGUCGCCGCCUGCCGGUGUCAGCAGCCGGGCUGAGCCUUCGCCCGGCACGCUACGAAGAAAUAACUCCAAAAAGCCGCUGCUGCACAGGGGAAGCUCCUUCACCUUCCUGACUCCGGGGACACCGUGGGACUUCAGUCUGAAGCGUAAACGCAAAGAAAAGGAAGACGACACCGUCAGCCUGUCCGGUUUGGACCUGAAGGAGCCGACGCACAAGAAAGUUCGACCGCUGGCCAGAGUGUCGUCUCUCGUCAACUUCAUAUCGCCGUCCAAGAACGGAGCCAUGCGACGCUUCGGUCAGACCAUCCAGUCCGCGUCGCUGGGCGGAGACGGCAAGUCUCCGGGGACGUCGCUACGCGGCGGCGGCGGCGGGGCGGCCCCUCCCGCCGCCGGCAAGCGAAGGAGCAGCAAGCUGUGGUCGGAGACGCUGGACGUCCGGCAGAAGAGCGCCUUCUCCUCCAAGGAGAUCAAGAGACAGGAGGCUAUUUACGAGCUCUUCAGGGGAGAGCAGGAUCUCAUCGAGGAUCUCCAGCUCGCACGAAAGGCGUACCACGACCCCAUGCUCAAGCUGUCCAUCAUGACGGAGCAGGAGCUGGCGCACAUCUUUGGCGAUCUGGACGCGUACAUACCGCUGCACGAAGAUCUUUUGACGAAGCUGACCGACGGGACGGGCCCCGACGGGACGGUGGCUCGGAUAGGACAAACGGUGAUCGACUGGCUUCCGGGCCUGAACGCGUACAGAAACUACUGCAGCAACCAGCUGGCGGCCAAGGCGCUCCUGGACCAGAAGAAGCAGGACCGGCGAGUGCAGGACUUCCUGCAGCGCUGCCUGGAGUCGCCCUUCAGCCGCAAGCUGGACCUGUGGAGCUUCCUGGACAUCCCGCGCUCGCGCCUGGUCAAGUACCCGCUGCUCCUGCGGGAGAUCAUGAGGCACACCCCGCCCGGGCACCCGGACCUCGCCGACCUGCAGCGGGCGGUGACGAUCGUCCAGGAGAUUCUGUCGGACAUCAACGCCAGGAAAGGCGAGUCGGAGUGCCGCUACUACGUGUCCAAGUUGGAGUAUCUGGACGACAGGCAGCGGGACCCUUUGAUUGACAGCUGCACCAGCUUGCUGUGCCACGGCGAGCUGCGGAACAAGAGCGGCUCGAGGCUGCACGUGUUCCUCUUCUCGGAGCUGCUGGUCCUGACCCGGCCGGUGACGCGCAACGACAGGAGCCGCUUCCAGGUGUACCGGCAGCCCAUCCCGGUCCGGGACCUGGAGCUGGAAGACCUGCAGGACGGAGAGAUCCGCACGGGGGGCUCCUUCAGGGGGGCCUUCGCCAACUGCGACAAAGCCAAGAACGUUUUCCGCGUGCGUUCGUCAGACCCGUCCCACGGCCAGUCGCACACGCUGAUGGUCGACGACGUCUACCACAAGCAGCGCUGGCUCAACUGCCUGCGCGGCGCCAUGGCCCGGCCGGACGUCGCGCCCACCCGAGCCAAACGGCGCUCGGCGGACGAAAACCGUCCGGCGGCGGGGCCUCGGCUCAGGCCGCAGAGGUCGCGGAGCUCCCUCGUCGGGAAAGACGACCACUGACUGCUUUUGCGUUUUGAACGCUGGCGGCGGACGGGACGCUCGGAAAGGUACACAAACAAAUGCCGUCAUUUCUCACUUCCAUUUGAUGUCUCUUGACUCAAUUGAGAUGUCGGUGAUUCCCAGCCAGUGUAAUGUGCCGCAGGAAAUGCUUCCACUUCACUUUAUUGCUCUGAAAAUUGCUAUUUAUUCAAUGACGUGCGGCGACGCAGAAGCGGUGGACGUGCCGUGUUUGGUGCUGUGCCGUGACAAAUUUGAGCCAAGUCACAAAUUUGACAGUAUAGAAGAAUACAGAAAAAAAAUCCCUGGACACCACCCAAAAAACUGAAAUAAGGAUUUUGUAAAAUCCCUCGUAAAAUGUACCUACUUUGAAAGGACAAAAAUGAAGCUAUGAAUCAACGACGUAAAAGGAGAUCGUGGCGGCACCACGAUUGGGAAUCACCGCUCAGAGUCCAUUUCGGGACUUUCUCACUGUCAAUUAGUCCCGUUUAUGAUUUUUCACGUCAAGCAACUUUGGAGGCAUCGUGGGAGCUCGUUUUGGGUUUGCUUUGCUUUACAGCACUAAAGAUAACAUUGGUUGGGGGGGAGAAAAAAAAAAAAGAACGUUUUCAUGCUCCGAGAAAAUAAAAGCGGCCGGUUUGUCCCUGAAAUGUGUGACUGCCUGUAUUUGCACCAAAAAAAACAAACAAAAUAGUUCCACUUUUUCUGUCAUCGUGUGGUUGACCAGCCACGAACCCGGUUUAGGUGUUAGGAGCUCCGAGGUUGCGGGUUCAAAUCCGGCUUGAAGGGUGUUUUAAACAAUUUCCAUUGUGCUCAUCGGACAACAGCAAUAAUAAUUAUGACAGUUUGAUUCGGAUCAAUUUUUUUGCCCCCUGCCGGUGUCUUCCUGUGACUUAGAA